AAUAGAACACCAAUGGUAUUUGGAGACUAAUUUUACAUGGCUUAAAGGUGAUGUUACAAACACGGUUAGUCAACCUAUGACAAACAUACAUAAUCAUUGCUAGACUAAAGUAACUAGGUCCUCAUAAAAACAUGGAAAAUACAUUGGACCUCAGAUGCCCAUGAGUAAAUUCUGUAGCCACCUGACAGUGGUGCUGUUGAUGCAGCAAGUACAGUAUGACAGGCAUAUAAGCAACAAUAUCUAAUCUCCAGCGUGUGUGUGUGUGUGUGUGUGUGUGUGUGUGUGUGUGUGUGUGUGUGUGUGUGUGUGUGUGUGUGUGUGUGUGUGUGUGUGUGUGUGUGUGUGUGUGUGUGUGUGUGUGUGUGUGUGUGUGUGUGUGUGUGUGUGUGUGUGUGUGUGUGUGUGUGUGUGCGCGUGUGUGCGUGUGUGCGUGUGUGUGUGUGCGUGUGUGUGUGUGUGUGUGUGUCUAUACAGAGGUGGGAGUCCUCAGGUACAGUAUGGAGGGUGUAUGACAGGGAGGUUGGAUUGGAUGCAUGCCCCUGAGGUGUUACUGUGUUUGCUUACUCUACAGGAGCUGUGGUAAGAUCCAGUCCCACCGCUCCCUGGUCGCAUCAGACACAUCGCUGUUGGGGAUCUCCUAGGGCUCCCUACCUACCUUAGUAUCACAAUAACCCACUGACUAAGGAUGGGAAAAGGGAGCAGAACACAGUAGGAUGAACCCACUACAUCCACACCACAAUUACGAGGAGCUGAAAUCUGAAUCAGAACACCCUGUUGAAUACACCUGUCUCAAUGUUCUACAGGACUAAGAAGACCGUGGCUGGAUCUUCAGGCUGGUUGUGGCAUCACCCCAGUCCCAUCGCACUGAGCCAGGCUGAGGAACACAGGAGUGCCCUGGCAAAGGGACAGUGAUGGAGGUGCCACUGGUUAACUUUGAGAACAUGGAUGAUAUCGGCAUCAACAUGGGCGUCCCCGGUGAUUCGGGGUACCCCACUUCACCCACUUCAGAGGCAGCGCCUGAUCAGAACCCUGUCACCAAUCGUGUGAUGUCCCCAAAUCCAUCACAGCACCGUGGGCACCAGACCAGGCCAGAGGGGUUUUCUCCCUCUACAACGCCUAUACUGACGACUAAAGAACCGUCUAGCUGCAACAGUUUGCUGUCCAACUUCAAACUCCUGAUGAACAGUGAAGGCUCGCCGACCGACAGUGUCUUCAGUAAGCUGGUUCAGGAGUGCUGUGAUAACGAAGAAGACCUGUUUGGGGAGAAACUGGGAGUGGAGGACGGGGAUCAGAAAGUGGUCAUCAAUAUUUCAGGCAUGAUGUUCGAGACACAACUCAAAACUUUAUCGCAGUUUCCAGACUCCCUGCUGGGAGACCCCAUGAAAAGGAUGGAAUACUUUGACCCAAUGAAGAACGAGUACUUUUUCGACCGGAACCGUCCCAGCUUCGAUGGGAUCUUGUACUUCUACCAGUCUGGGGGCAAAGUCCGAAGACCGGCCAACGUCCCCUUAGAGAUUUUCGCAAGAGAGAUAGUUUUCUAUGAGUUAGGAAGAGAAGCUAUGGAACAGUUCCGUGAAAUUGAGGGGUUCAUAACAGAACCCGAGCCGCUGUUGCCAACCAACGAGGUCCACAAGCAGUUCUGGCUCCUGUUUGAGUAUCCGGAGAGUUCCAGUGCAGCUAGGUCAGUGGCCUUGGUAUCUGUCUUCGUCAUUGUCAUCUCUAUCUUCAUUUUCUGCCUGGAGACUCUGCCAGAGUUCCGUGACGACGUAGACUUUAUCACCACCUUUUCCCUGGGUGUCAAUGGAACCCAGGAGGGUCCUCCUAUAGUCCAAAAAGACUUAUUCGCCUAUUUCACAGACCCCUUUUUCAUUGUGGAAACCAUCUGCAUAAUUUGGUUCUGCUUUGAGCUUGGCGUACGCUUUGUGGUCUGCCCGAGCAAAAGUGAUUUCUUCCACAACAUUAUGAACACCAUUGACAUUGUCUCGAUAAUUCCCUAUUUCGUAACCAUGGCUACAGAGCUGUGGACCACGCCAGAUGAAGACAUCAACUCCAGCCAAAACAUGUCACUGGCCAUCUUACGCAUCAUCCGUUUAGUGCGAGUCUUCCGAAUCUUCAAGCUGUCGCGACACUCCAAGGGACUUCAGAUCUUGGGCCAGACCCUGAAGGCUAGUAUGAGGGAGCUGGGUCUGCUGAUCUUCUUCCUCUUUAUUGGAGUCAUACUGUUCUCCAGUGCCAUCUACUUUGCUGAGGUGGACGAGCCCCACACACAGUUUGUCAGUAUCCCUGACGGGUUCUGGUGGGCUGUGGUGACAAUGACCACUGUGGGAUACGGGGACAUGUGUCCUACUACUUUGGGAGGCAAAAUGGUGGGGACUCUCUGCGCCAUUUCCGGCGUGUUGACCAUCGCCUUACCCGUCCCUGUUAUCGUCUCCAACUUUAACUAUUUCUACCACCGGGAGACAGAGCAAGCAGAGAAACAAGUGAUUGACGAUGCAGCAGAAGCAGCUCAGAAAAUAACCGACGCAAACAAGUAUGAGUAUGGUAGCACACCCUCUCUUAACAUUAACACAAUCAAUGGUAGCUUGCAGAAUGACAAGAUUGGCAUGUAAUGGGUUUAACUGAUUAUAACCAAGGACAUGACAAACUGAGAAAUCUAACAUAUACCAAAAUGUACUGAUAUUAUUUUUGUCUCAGUAUUUUAUACUCUAUUCAUUGCAGCGUUGGUCCACGUAGUAGGCUAUACUAUACAUCUCUUUCACAAUGUUCAAAAUAAGGAAGUAAUAUUAGUUAUCAGCCUGACUGUUCAGCAUGUGGAUUUGUCAAAGUGUAAUUAAGAUAAUAUGAACACAGUUACAGCAUAUUACAUUUACAGUUGGCUCUGAACAGACCUUGUGCAUGUAGUAUGAUUAUAAGCGUUUAAAUCCUAAGCAGAUGUAUUUGGCAAACUUGUUGCCUUUCAAAUCCUCUUACAAAUAAUACAAAUAUUAAUUACACUUUGAACUGCAUUACUGUACAAUGUCAAAGACUUAAGUAUGAAAAACACCCUUGGAUCAGGGCUCGUGUUAAAACUCGUUUUCAUGGUAUGCUUUGCGACAUUCAUCAGCUUGCCAUAUUCAGCAGUCUCUAUAUAGAUCUUGGCAUGAUCUCCAAGGACUUUCUGUAAGAGCACUUCUGGAAGGAGACAAGGGGACACCAUUGAGUGCACAAUGUGCUGUCAGAAAAUCCAUCAGUUGUGGACACCGCAGUAGUUUUAUCACACCAUCUAUCUAAUAAUGCAGUUAUUUAUCACACCAUCUAUCUAAUAAUGCAGUUAUUUAUCGCACCAUCUAUCUAAUACUAACGACCUACAUUAGCAGGUUAGCUACAUUGCUUAUGACUUCAAUCUGUAUGCCUCACAGUACUGUAGUAAAAAAAAGAACUAAAUCAUGGCAUGUUAUGAUAUCAGGUCAAAAUGUCACAAUAUGUAGACCAAACCCUAACCCUAACCUAUAUACACCUUCAUCUUUACCUUGUAUGUAUUUCAGGAAAAUAGUCCCAUCAAACUGUUACUUGUAUGCAAACAAAAAGUAACAGUAGUUGCAUAUUAAGCUCACACAACGUAUUACAUCAUAUGAACAUGUGUUGAUUCGCGCAAUAGCAUCAAGAACACGCUGAAUGACAGAAAGCAAUCAAAAGAGGAAAGGACAAAGUGUCACUUUGUACCGUUGUUGAUUGAAGCGUUAUUCCAACAUGUAGCUGUCGGUGGCCUUGCAUUGGUAUACAGUAGUGUGCCGAAACAAUGAAACACUGGUAUCAUGUAUCAAUACAUGUAGGGCAGAUAGUUCUAGUGAUAGUUCAGAUAGUUCUCACAUUUCUCUCGUACUGUAGUUCUCUUCAUUCCUUUCCAUGUAUUUGAUAUGGACAUAACUCAAUUGGAUUUAGGAAUUUUUUGGAAAACUUUUAGUUAAUGCCAUCAAUUAAUUAACAAAUUAACUAUUACAUUAACACACUUUAGGUAUAGUUUAUACUAUGAUAUGUAUUUAUAAAUGCAUGAUGUCAAAGCAUGGCAUUGGCAACCCAUAUGCAUGCUACACUUCAAACAUGAACAUUUAUAUUAUCAGCAGUUACACAAACAAUGACCAUGUAGAAAUGGCAUUGGAUAUAUUGAGUUGCUCAACACUGCAAUGAACUGUUUCUUGAAAGAGUUCCCACAUAUGCUGAGCACUUGUUGGCUGCUUUUCCUUCCCUCUGUGGUCCAACUCAUCCCAAAACAUCUCAAUUGGUUGAGGUCAGGUGAUUGUGGAGGCCAGGUCAUCUGAUGCAGCACUUCAUCACUGUCCUUCUUGGUCAAAUAGCCUUUACACAGUCUGGAGGUGUGUUGGGUCAUUGUCCUGUUGAAAAACAAAUGAUAGUCCCACUAAGUGCAAAUCAGAUGGGAUAGCGUAUCAAUGCAGAAUGCUGUGGUAGCCAUACUGGUUAAGUGUGCCUUGAAUUCUAAAUAAAUCAUCAAAACUGUCACCAGCAAAGCACUCCCACACCAUCACACGUCCUCCUCCAUGCUUCAUGUGGGUACCACACAUUUGGAGAUCAUCCGUUCACCUACUCUGUGUCUCACAAAGACACAGUGGUUGGAACCAAAAAUCUCAAAUUUGAACUCAUAGACCAAAGGACAGAUUUCCACAGGUCUAAUGUCCAUUGCUUAUGUUUCUUGGCCCAAGCAAGUCUCUUAUUCCUAUUGGUGUCCUUUAGUAAUGGUUUAUUUGCAGCAAUUCGACCAUGAAGGCCUGAUGCACACAGUCUCAUCUGAAGAGUUGAUGUUGAGAUGUAAAGAAAAUACAUUUCGCAAAUUAACUUUUAAGAAGGCACACAUGUUUAUUUAAAUGCAUUCCAGGUGACUACCUCAUGAAGCUGGUUGAGAGAAUGCCAAGAGUGUGCAAAGCUGUCAUCAAGGCAAAAGGUGACUACUUUGAAGAAUUUGUUUAACACUUUUUUGGUUACUACAUGAUUCCAUAUGUGUUAUUUCAUAGUUUUGAUGUCUUCGCUAUUAUUCUACAAUGUAAAACCCUUGAAUAAGUAGGUGUGUCCAAACUUUGAUUACAAAAACAGCAACACUUGCCUUCCUGAAACAAGUUGGCAAUAAUAUUGAUGACUCAGAGGAGGCUGGUGGGAGGCGAUAUAGGAGGCCGGGCUCAUUGUAAUGGCUGGAAUGGGAUAAGUGGAACGGUAUCAAAUAUAUAUGGAAUCCACAUGUUUGAUACCGUUUCAUAUAUUCCAUUCCAGCCAUUACAAUGAGUUCUUCCUCCUAUAGGUCCUCCCACCAGUCUCCACUGCGAUUACUUUGAUAUCAGUCAGUUGAUGUGUAUUAUAAACUGGGUGGUUCGAGCCUUGAAUGCUGAUUGGCUGGUAGCCAUGAUAUAUUGGGUAUUAUAAACUGGGUGGUUCGAGCCCUGAAUGCUGAUUGGCUGACAGCCGUGGUAUAUCAAACCGUAUACCACAGGUAUGACAAAACAUGUAUUUUUACUGCUCUAAUUGGGCAUCUCGGGGGUUUGUGAUAUAUGGCCAAUAUACCAUGGCUAAGGGCUGUGUCCAGGCAGUCCGCGUAAGAACAGUCCUUAGCCGUGGUAUAUUGGCCAUAGACCACACCCCCUCGGGCCUCAUUGGUUAAUAAAGCACUUUACAAAAGUAUGCACAGCACUUAUUCUCUAGAGAUUGAUUAUGUACUAGUAAUUAAAUCAAAUCAAAUGUUAUUGGUCACAUACAAAUAUUUACCAGAUGUUAUUGCGGGUGUAACGAAAUGCUUGUGUUCCUAGUUCCAACAGUGCAGUAGUAUCUAACAAUUCACAGCAAUACACACAAAUCUAAAAGUAAAAUAAUGGAAUUAGUAGUGUGCAAUAUACAGUACAUUUAAUGACAUAUGUUCUAAGUUGUAUUUAUGGUUUAAUGAGUGCCUUUAAUUAAACAUCUACCCUACUUCCCUA